CGCUCGCUGAUUGGCUGCCGCCUCUUACCAUUCAGCAGGUCCGCGUGAAGCCGCGCGCGCGGAGAGUGACUCGGUUCGGCUGAAGCGGAGCUGCUGGUUCUGAUCGCGUUCCGGUCCGGAACCGCUCUGGGUUUUUUUCUGCUGCAGGGAGCGCGCAUCGGACCCGCCCAGCUGAGAUGGCGAAGGCAGACCAGCGCUACGGCCAGCGGGACGGCUCCGACCAGAACUUCGACUACAUGUUCAAGCUGCUAAUCAUCGGGAACAGCAGCGUUGGGAAGACGUCCUUCCUGUUCCGCUACGCCGACGACUCCUUCAGCAACUCCUUCGUCAGCACCGUCGGCAUCGACUUCAAGGUCAAGACUGUUUACCGCAACGACAAGAGGAUCAAGCUGCAGAUCUGGGACACUGCAGGGCAGGAGCGCUAUCGCACCAUCACCACGGCUUACUACCGAGGAGCCAUGGGCUUCAUCCUCAUGUAUGACAUCACCAACGAGGAGUCGUUCAAUGCGGUCCAGGACUGGGCCACCCAGAUCAAGACGUACUCGUGGGACAACGCCCAGGUCAUCAUGGUGGGCAACAAGUGUGACAUGGACGUGGAGAGAGUGGUACCACCUGAGAAAGGAAAACACCUGGCGGACCAGCUAGGGUUUGAGUACUAUGAGGCGAGUGCCAAGGAGAACAUCAAUGUACGUCAGGUUUUUGAGCGCCUGGUAGACAUCAUCUGUGUAAAGAUGUCUGAACGUGUGGACGUGGAGGCACCAGUAGCUCCGGGAUCUAAGACCACCAGACUGACCGACAAGCCUGCCCAGCUACCUCAGAAAUGCUGCUGAUCAUCGGUCCACUGCCCCCCAUCCUGAGCUGAAACCCCCGUCUGUGUACCUGAGGCCGGCUGACUGCUGGAGGUCCCGUCCCGCCUUAACCUGGCCGGUCCAUUGGAUCUUCAUCCAAAUGGCAGUAGAGUAUCGGUUUAGAACAGCCCACAGUGCCACCUACAGACUGUACAGAUGAGUAGCACUUAGGGGCUGCUGUCUUUUCUGUGUCCGCACCUCCAAGAGUUUAGUGUUUCUACUGAGCCGCUGGAACGUCCGGAGCCCCAGUGCAACCAGAACCUCCAGCUGCCGUUAAAGCCAUGAUGAGGCUGUCAGCAGGAAACCUUCGAACACCCGAUUGGCCCAAUUGGCUCUGCUCAGGAAAACAGCGAAGUAGGUGAAACACCCAGAGGUCAACUACAGGUCAAUAUGAGUCACCUGCAUGCCUGUCAAGUCUCCGGUUUUUGGCCAACAUUUUUUACCCCCUUUUCCCGUAUUGUGCCCCCUCCCCGCUCUGACCUCUGACAAUAGCACCGGACGGCAACGUUUCCUAUAUUCUCAAAUUCUAAACGUGACAAGUGUGGUCACCUGCCGAACAUUAAACUCAGCACUGAUUAGUCUCCUUCUGACCUCCAGCAUCCAGACUCGUCAUGUAAAGAGAUAUAAUAGUCAGUCCAGACCCGAGGCAGUCCACCGCAGUUUUGCCUGGAGUCAUUGGCUGCGUUCACACUGCAGCCUGAAGUGACCCAGUUCUGAUCGUUUUGACGUGAUGCGACCUGGAUCCGAUCUUUUCAUGGCGGUGUGAACAGCUCAGGUCGGAUUCUUUUAGAAUGUGAUCCAUAUCCGAUACGUAUCC